CCAACCGACACUUCAAUGUACGACAAGCAAUUGGCCUGGAAGCAGCACGGCCAGCGCAAGCUGGCGAGCAGGUCGCACGAACUUCGAGCGCAGCAAGAGCACGAGUGCACGUUUUCGCCAAAGAUCAAUUCACGGUCGAUGUGGCCGGACGGUGAGGAUACGCAGGUGAUUCCAGCUACUGCUGCGGAGACGGAGGCCGCGCUUCUGCACCCGACCGAGUCUCAAGAGACUUCGAUUCACACGCACCUGGCUCGACAGGGGAAAGCUCGGGAACAGGCCCAAGAAGCGCAGCAGAAGCUGAACGGAUUGCAGCAGGUUAAGGAUUACACUAAGGUUACGGUGGAGCCUUUUGCACUCAGCUCGACGAAUUGGAAACCACGACAAAGCACCAUCGAGUCGCCAGAAGUGGACGAGCGACCAGCAAAGCACUCGAUCAGUAAGGGAGGCAAGCUCAAGGCCAAGGGUCAUACUCCACGAGGGUCCACCAAGUCACCCCACGCGUCAUGUGGUGCAGCCACAACAGUAAAAGAAGACGAAGCUUGGGAAAGUGAGCGGGCGACCCUGAUUUCCAUCAUCGACGCUCAGCGACGUGAACUGGCACAGCGAGAGCAAGCGCAGCAGGAGGCUGUGCGUGUGGCCGAGCGAUUUGCAACAGCUACUCAGGCCUUCGAGGAGCGGCUGGUGGCUGUAGAACAGUCUUCGACCAAGGAACUGGAAGAGGUCAGACGUCUCCUUGCAAGUCAAGCUGCAGCUACCGAUCUCAUCCUCACCUCGCUAGGCAUCGCUCGACGUCCAGGCUCCAGCAUUAGCCUUUCCCGUUACGACUGA